AUGGCGCGAGGAGGCGGAGGACUGGGGUGGGUGGAGAUCAUAGAGGAGAUGAGGCCGUGUGGUUCACCAUCACUAACCAUCGCAUUCUCUCUUUCUCUCCCUCUCCUCCCAGAACCCCUAACCCCCCUUCCCCCUUUCCCACCUCACCCCUCCUCCCUUCUCUGGCUACAGACGGAGACAGCUAUGCAGUCCUUCCGUGAGCGCAGCGGUGGUUACCACAGCAACCAACCCUGCUACCAGCAGGAACCCCAUGAAUUAUCCCGCUUGGAGACCUACCGGCAACACCCGCAUCAUCCCCACCCUCAGCACCCGCAUCCGGGCCCUGGUCCACAUCCAGGGCCAGGUCCAGGGCAUACAAGGUCAGGCUAUGAGGCUCUUUCAUUGGCGAACCCCGGAAGCAUGGCUCCAUCUGGAGGACCAGGGCCUGGAGGGGGGCCUAAGGACUGUUACAGCCAGCAAGCCUACCCUGGGUACAUGGGGAAUGGUGGAGGGAAUGGAGGUGGGAAUGGGGGCUCUGCUUCCUCACAGGCGAAGAAAUCCUACAGAAGCAAAGUACCCCAAACUAACACCGGUCAGCACCUGCAGGCUCCUGGGGCCUACGGUAACCACAUGGGGCCUGGGACUUACUCAGCCCAGUAUAUAAGCGAAGGCCACCUCCAGCAGAAAUGGGAGGACCAAGCCCAGCUAGCACAGUAUGACCAAGACAUGGUCGCACGUAUGGAAGGUAGUGGAACCCCUGCGCCUGGGUCCUCCCAGUAUAUGGACCAGAACAUGCUAGGCCACUCUCAGACACAGUGCCACCAGCCAUCCACUCCUAGCUAUACUAGCCCCCACCAUCAGCCACACCCCCCUAACCCUGCCCCGUCCCCUCUCAUGUACCCCCAGAGUCACCUCCACUACCCCCAGCAUUCACCCUCUCCUUCACCCUACAUGGAAAAGUGCAGCCCCAUGCCUCACUGCUAUAAAGGUUACAACAUGCCAACCAACUCCCAGUAUGGAAGACAAAUGAGUAGCCACAGCAAUCUGAAGCAGGGAGGUUACAGGUCAAGUCAGAACAGUUAUGGCUAUCAGCAGCCGCCCUCAAGAGGAUAUGAGCAGCAGCCCUCUUUACAGGCCAUGAACAACCCCCAAGAGUCCCACACAAAGUAUCAACACUACAGCCAACCCCAACAGAACUACUGUCUCUCUGAUCUUUCUGUCAGAUCUCCUGAACAGUAUUAUCAGACUUGUAGCCCUUCCUCAAGCCACUCUCCGGCACGUUCUGUAGGGCGCUCGCCUUCAUACAGUUCCACUCCUUCACCACUAAUGACCAAUCCAGAGUCCUUCCAGUACAGCCAGCCUCCCAUGACCCCUGGGGCAGCAUCAUCUUCUUCAUCGUCCUCAGCUGGCAUGCAGGAGCAAGCCAGUACUAACACCAUGUUGAUGCCACCACGCUCACACCCGUCACCCAACGUCCCGCACGCAGCACCGCAUAGCUACACUUCAACGCCCCAGGUCCCCACCAUGAAAGAGCGCUUCUCUGAGAAGUUGUUGUCAAACCCCAGCUUGUGGAGUCUGAACGCCCUCACCUCUCAGGUAGAGAACAUCUCUAAUAACGUGCAGCAGCUGCUGCUUUCAGAGGCCUUGGUGGCCAACAAAAAGGGAAGCAAGCGCAGCAGUGGGGGCAGCAACAGCAGCGUUGGGAGUGCAUCCUCCAAGAAAGGCGACGAGUAUAAAAGUCCUCCGUAUCCAGAUAGUGGCGCUGGGAGUCUCGGCCCCAUGCAGGAUCCUUACUCUACUCCACAGCAUCAGCCGAUACAGAUGGAGCUCCACGAAGGAGGAUACUCAAGCAGCAGUGAUGAACAACUCGAGAGGGGGUACUACUACUGUGGCCAGGGAACAAGUCCUGCACAGGCCCCGAAUAAUGCACAGUUAAGCUUAGAUACAGUCUCUUCAUGCUCCAUGACAUCUCCAGAUGAUAUUUCCACAAGGUCAGGGGACUCAGGCCUUCACAAUCUCACCCCUGAUCCUGCUAGAUGCCAGUCAGGCCAAGGAGGAGAUGGUAUAAGCAAUCCAGUGAAGAGUAUCAGUGACGAGAGGUCUCCUACGAGUAUUACAAUCCCUAGUCCAAUGAAACAAGAAAGGGACUCUCCUUCAGCAAUACAGCACAUCAAUGAGCCUGUCAAAGAAAACUUUGAAGAGUCAGCAUGGACAGAGAAAUCAUCCGACAAAGAGGAGGUGACAACAGAUAAAAACCCAGACCUUGAGACAGAUUCAGACAUGACCAAACCAACAGAGAAUCUAGAGAAAUGGUCCAAUGAAGAACAACUAGAUGAAGAGAAAUGUGAAGCUCAAUACAGCGACUCAAACAAAGAGGAAAUAGACAAAAGCUAUUGCUAUACAGAGACAGAGUACCAGCAGGUCCAGAGCAAGUAUGACUCUGAUGCAAGAGACUCAGUUGAACAAUCCCCAGCAGCCCUCUCUGACUCCAGCCACAAGGAACACUUUGUGAGUGACAUGAAAUCUGAGGCAUUCAAAUCCGAGUCUCCGACUGCUUCUGAGAGCUCAGUGAAAACAUUGCCUUUUGUUUCAAGGGGUGACCUUGAACAAGAUCAAUAUUCAACAGAGAAGGAUGACAGCUCAGAGAAUGCCUCCCCAACCCCCCAAGUUGGGGUCUUGGAUGAGAGUAAUUUGGACAGGAGUGAGAGCAAAGAUGAGGGCGAUGAAGAGGGAGAGGGAGACAGAGAGAAGGAAGUGGAAGAGGAGAAAAAAGAGGAAAUGCAGGAAGAAAAGCUGCAGACUCUUUCUCCUCCUCUGUCUGCUGAUGAAAAAGAGGAACUGGGGGAGGGAGAGAAAGAGAGCCAGUCAUCAACUGAGGAGCACAUGAAUAAUAAAGAUGAGCAAGAGAAGCCUCCAGGAGAUCUCUGCAGCAGGACAGAGAGCAAGAGUCCUGAAAUCCUUAUUGACAACGAGUCUGCAGGGGCACCUGCACAUCCAAACACAGCAGCAGUAACAGCAGCAGUAGAUGCAUCUGAAAGGGAGUCAGCCAUCGGUGACACAGCUCCUCAGCCUCAGUCUGCCAUGCCAGUCUUCUCAGCUCUCAAUGACAAGGGAACACUCCAGGCUAGGGAUCAUUUAGAUCACAGUGAUGCUAAAGUGCUGGAGCCAGACUCUCCCCAGCUCCCAGGGAAGUCGAUACUUCCCCCAGCUCCCUCCUGGGCAGACACUCCACCCUCCCCAAAAAAAGGUGAUGAGGACAUGGAGCCGGGCAUCAGCUGUGCCAGCGCUGUGACUCCCUUGGCCAAGCCAGAGCCCGUGGCCCCAUCUGCUCAGCCGAGAGCAUUUGGACGCAAGCACGCCAGGGGAAGGAGAAGAAACAUGCAGUCAGGUGAUGGAAUCAGGCGACAGCUAAGCUUGGAAAGGGAGGGGGAAAAGGAAGAGGAAGGAGCUCCCUCGCCUACACAGAAACCGAGCAUGCCUCCGAGUAAAACUGUGAUAUUUUCAGAUCAAACAGACUUAACUCAACAGGAGUCUAUUGUGAGCCAGACUCCAAAGAUGCUAACGGAUGGGUUUCGAUCGAGAAUGUGCACUCGCUCCUUCAAUGCACUUGAUCUUCCCCCUAAAGUUGAUCCUCAUGUUAAGAGAAAACCAGGUCCUAAACCAGGUCCAAAGCCAGGACUCAAACCAGGGCCAAGACCCGGACCAAAACCAGGGCCAAAACCAGGAGCAAAGCCUGGUCCAAAACCAGGGCCUAAACCUGGCCCAAAGCCUGGAUUAAAACCUGGACCUAAGCCAGGACCAAAACCAGCACCAAAGCCUGUGCCAAGUGAACCAGAGCUGCCACCGAAAAUUGAAAUGCCCCUGAGGCGAAAGCCUGGACCAAAGCCAGGUGCAAAAUCCGGACCAAAACCCGGGCCAAAACCUGGACCGAAACCUGGUUUGAAAGAAGCUCCUAAACCAGGUCCAAAACCAGGACCUAAGCCUGGCCCCAAACCUGCUGAAGUUGUACCCCCACCUGAGCCUGCACCUGUGAAGGCCUCUGUGGGACGCCCAAAAGGCUCGGUUUCUAAAGCAAAGCUGGCGCAGCAAGAAGAAACGCCUGCACAACCAAUCAGGAUCAGGAAGAGCUCGAGGACUGCAGUAACACAAGGAAACCAGGAUGUAAAACCAGUUAUCCAAGAAGAAAAGAAAUCAGUCAAUGAGGAAAAGGCACCAGAAAAGGAAAUUAAAAGCAUGGUCUUAAGAUCCAGAAAACCCUCACAAGACAAACCCUCUAAAGAAAAAGAAAAAGAAAAAGAAAAAACAACAGCAGAGAAUGUUCCUCCCCAGACUGUGACUGAAGUCAAAGUUGUUGAUCUUCCUCCAAAGUUAGAGGAGACUGUUACUGUGGUAGAAACUGUACCUACCACUCCUAAUGAAGUCAAAACCAGUGACCCUCCAGCUGAGCCGCCUGCGCCAGUUGAAGCACCACCCCCAGCUGAAAAACUUGAGGAAAAGACAUCACUUCCACUAAAACGGAAACCCAGCCCAGAACCUCCUUUACCACCAGUAAAGAAAAAGAGGGGUCCAAAACCCAAACCUAAGCCUGUACUGCCUGACCCCCCUGUUUUGGAAGAGGUUCUCCCCCCACCUAAAGAGGAGACGCCUGUGAGCACCAGAAGAAAGCGUGGGCCGCCCAGGAAAGCUUCUAUGGUUCCUCCUCCAACCAAAGAAACUCUUCCAAGCAUCAGUGAAACUGAUAUCACUAGUGAUCAGCCUGUUGUGCCUCCUCAAUGCCCCACAAAAACAAAAGUACUUCCACCUCGCAAAGGUAGAGGACAGAAAUACGAGGCCAUGGUGCAGAAAAUCACAUCACCUAGUUUGAAGAAACACCUCCCGAUGCCACAGGCAGACAGCUGUCUAACUGAUGAUGUGACAACCAAGGUUUCGUCUCAACAUGUCUUGAAGGAAGGUGAGACGUCAGUGCUCAUAAAUAGCGCUGAGAUGAUUGAGGGUGAAGGGAAAAGCAUUGAGUCUAGACAAGAACAGCAGAGUAAAGAGGAGCCGACUCAAGAAGGAGAGAAAGAGAAAGUGAGUGAAGAGGCAUCGGCACAAGAGGAGGUGAGAACAGAGUCCAAAGAAGAGGUUGUAAAUAAGGAGGAGAUGAAAAAGGAAGACCAUAAACCAGAGAAACCAGAGAUACAGGAGGGUGAGGCUGACAAGGUUUUGACCUCAACAGAGGCCUCGGCAGAAGUCAAAGCCAAAGGAAAGACGGCACAACCGGCUUCAGAAGAUGUAUCUUCUAACGCCAGUAGUUCUGCAAGGACUAAAAGAAAGAGAUGGGCCAUGGUUGAAAGUACAGAUGCCUCAGUGGUUGCACUGGAAGCAGACAGCCUGAUAGUUACUACACCAAGGCUAGCCAAGCAGAGAGCCAUUAAAAACAACCAUGAGAUGCACCUAAAGCAGAGGAGAAAGAAGAGAAAAGGUCAAGUCCUUCAGGAAGAAACAGAAACAGUGGAGGAGAUAAAUGUUGAAACCACAGAGCAACCACAGGAGAUGGUAGAAGAGAAGGUGACCCCAACAGAACCUGAAGUACCUCCACCAGUUAGCCAAGAGGAGACCACAGAAGCCCCCCAGGUUGCCAGCACAGACCUUACCCAGAAACCAAGGAGAGGUAGAAAACCAUCGGCAAACCCAACCAAAAGGAAUCGGAGCAGAACAUCACCAGAGCCGAUUCCCGGUAAGCCGGUGAAAGUCCACAAAAAGCCUGGCCCAAAACCUGGCAUGAAAGAUGCCAUUGAGGUUAUUGAGGCAGUGAUAAGAGCUGCAGGAUGUGAAUCAGAUGCAAAAGAGGAGAAGGAAAAAGAAGAGCUGGAGAGAAGAGACAGAGAAAACCAGGAAAAAGAGGAGACGUCCAUUGUGGGCCCUGUAGUGACAGUGUCAGAAAAAAACACAGAGAUCAUAAAAGUAAAAAGAUUCAGGCGCAGACCUGUCUAUCAAAACCCUAAACUGUCUUUCUGUCCGUAUGUAAGGAUUAACAACUCUAGAGACUUUUCCUCUUGGUGUGCUGUAGUAAACAAGCCUGAGGAUGCAGUAAUAUUUCAGAGGCGCAGAAAAAAGGGAAUACUCCGAAUGAGGAAUCCUUUCACGGUUGCAAAAGGAGUGCCACAUGCUGCCGCCAUGCUACAAGGACCUCUGGUAAACAAAAAUCUAACAGGCUCGUGUCUUACAUGCAGCCUGUGUGGAAAGCCAGCAAAUUACAGAGACCUAGGUGAUUUGUGUGGACCCUACUACACAGAGGAUAGCGUUCCACGGAAAGUUUUAACAACUACACACAAAGAAUCCCUCAGGAUAGAGUCAGAAACGACAGACAAAAGUAGCAACAGCGAAAAAUCGGGAGAGUCCUCAAAGAAUGAGGACGAGAGCAGCACAAAAAAGGAGGGCAGCACUGAGCCACAAGAGGGCAGUAGUAGUAGCCGUCAUCAUCACUGGCGGCACAGACGUGCAGAAAGACCUGAAAGAACGGGUCAAGAGGGCGGUCCAAGACGAUUAACACUCAGAGAGAGGUUCAGGAGGAUGAAGCAGCUCCAGUCUGUCAGCACAGGGGCUUCAGGAGACCAAGAGGGCAGUGACAGCUUGUUCCAAAGGCUACAAGCAGAGGCAGAGGCUAAAGAGCACUGGGCCCAUGAAAACUGUGCCAUCUGGACCAAGGGCGUGAUUAUGGUAGCUGGGAGGCUAUACGGCCUGAAAGAGGCUGCAAACUCCUCAGCCCAAACGAACUGCUACAAGUGCCAGAUUGCGGGGGCGUCCCUCAGCUGCUGUUGGAGAGGCUGCUCUCAUAAAUACCACUAUGUCUGCGCCAAAGAGAUAGGCUGCACAUUCCAUGAGGAUGACUUCUCCAUCAAAUGUCCUAAACAUGAGGACCUGUAAGAUAUUCCAGUUCACCAUCUCCACCACCAACACCACCUCACAGCCAGUCAAGAAGUCAAGGAUCACCUCUCCAGAAGGGCAAACAGGAAAGAUAACGGUCCCAACAGCCACCAGUUCCUGAAAACAUGGUGCAGACUGACGACGGGCGGGCAGGAGGAUUGUCCAGCGGGGCUGGGGAGGGGGGAGGGCGUGAAAGGCUGGAGCUGGGGGCGUAGAGACCCUGGAGAAAAGCUCCGCAGAGAAGAGCUGCUCCCUGAACCUGGCCUGGAAAUAUGUUUUCUCCACUGAGGCAGAAGGCAGUGGCUACCAGGAGGAUGGAGCGUGUGCCCAGAGCCCGGUGCACACGGGGGGGGGGCUGUUUGAAAUGCAGAGCGAUGAAUGUUCGUGUGUGUCCUGCCUUCGGAUGGGUUGCUAUCAUAUUCAGACACCUGGCGGACUCUGAUUGGACCGCAGCAUCCCUCUGGCCACCUUGUCUGUGGUCCAAGACGUGUGUGUGUGAUAAUCACGAAGCUCAUCGUUCUCCAGCCACAUCAUCAGUGUGUCUGUGGGUAAAAAAGCAUCAUUCAAGGUGUCCUGCAUCAAAAAACAGCAGCCAACCACUGGAUGUACUAUCUCAAAUGUGUGCGUUUGUGUUGAAAACAAAAAAAGGAAACUGUACAUGAUGAUGUGCUUUACAGGUUCUACAUAUUCUGAUAUUGAAGAAAAAAAGGACGCAGUAUUUUAAUAUAACGCUCUUAUCUUCGAAGAUGUAUUUUAAUGUGCAUUAUGACUAUACGACAUCAUGGCGUCACCCUUGAUAAAUGUCGGGAUUUGUGUUUCUCCAAAAUAAAGAAAAAAAAAGAAAAAAGAAAACUCUGUUUAGGGGUGUUACUACAUUUCAGCAGUGUGCACAUUCAGAACGUACAGGUGCAUCUAGAAGCAACAACAUGGAAAAUGGCUUUUUUUUUUUUACAGUAAUUCAAAAAUUAAGCUUUCAUAUAGGUGAUAUCUCAAGUCUGAUUAUGGCUUACACAUCAGGAAAUGCAGAAAUCCAGUGUCCUAGAGUGUUGUUUUGUUACAUAAGGGCAUUAAAAAAGGAUUUAUACAACAGGAAUUCAACCUUCUCAAAGGUAUGUUCAUGACUGUAUUCAGUACUUGGUCAGGGCUCCUUUUGCAUGAAUUACUGCAGUGAUUCGCAAUCUUU